UCCACGGGGCAAGGCGUGCUCGGUUUCAAAGCAUAAACAAUCAGGACUUCAAACACGCGCUUCGAUCGAGCAUGCUAGAGAAAAUAGACCGCGAUUCGAAAUAAUAUUGAAGUAGGACCAGUGACGAUAUAAAAUUGAGGAAGAGUCUCGGAACUCGUUUCUCAAACGCGAUGAUCCAAUUAUUCCUUUUUUGUUUUAUUAUUUUUUCUUUUUCAAUGAGCUUCAACGGUACUUCCUUUCUCGCGAUAAAAUUCCUCGAUAAAAAUUAUUCUUUUGACUCUGUUCGCGUACUUUGAGCUGCACAAAAGGAAGCUUGCGAAAUUCAUUGAAAAGUAGGAUCGAUAAAAUACUUGAUAAGUGGUGCGCGGUGUCUGAGGCGUUAAUUGGGGCGGGAAGGAAAAAACGAACAGGUUGUGUUUUGUGAAGUAUCAAAUGUGUUGGUUUUCGUUGAACUGCAAGUGUUAUAAAGUGCAACGACGAGUAGAGGGUUGGGUAGUCGGGCAACUGUUAGAAUACAAACGGAAACCGUGGCAUAACAAGGGUGGGGGACAACGAAGAGACCGAGAGAAACGUGUCCAAAAGGGACGGUGAAAAUCGUAAAAGUUUUCAUCCACUCACAUUGAAUGGGGCUGAAAAUGUUUGUCGGAGUAUUGCUCGUGUAUGUCUGGCUGGUUUCGGGCUCGCCACUCGAUCCUAUAACUUCGAUACCCAAUAAAGUCAUCACGCGGGGCUCAUACGUGAGGCACUACACGCCAGCUCACUAUGACACGGCUUUACUACGAAAGCAUCGUGAGAGAACACGUCGCGAAGCUCUCGAGAAAUCAACACGACGUCGCAAGGAAUCGACCUUAAAUCUCGACGUCAAAGCUCUUGACAGGACAUUCAAGAUGCGGCUGGUGAGAGACACCGGGCUUUUUCACAAGGACGUUGUCUUUGAAGCUUCGAACGACCGUCCAAUUUCCUUUGACCCAUCGCACACGUACACGGGCACCCUCGAGGAUGAUGAGAAUUCGUCGGUACACGGUAUCGUGACGUCGGAUGGGUUGUUCGAUGGUACGGUGAUCACAGCGUCGGGGGAUGAAAUUUACAUUGAACCAACGAGGAGGUUUGUGCCAUUGAAGCAACGGGACACGAACGACGACGAGGAUCACGAACGACAUGACAACCAAGUGAUCUCUCAUCACACGAUCGCGUACCGAUCGAUCGACGUUGCUAGACCUCCUUGUGACGAGAAAUCGUGCAACAUCGAGAUUACCUCCGAAAUCAAACAUCCCCUCGAUUUUGACAGUCGAGAAUCAAACAGCGUCCGAGGCUAUUAUAAAAGAAAUAUGUCGAGUUUGCCACAGCAACGUAUACACGAUACAAGGAAUCCACCGACGCCAGGAUUUUAUCCAAAAGAUGCGAGAAAAAAAGAUCCGAGCGCGAGUUCUCACAAUCUCGAGCUCCUUGACAGACUCUACCGGGAAAGAUAUUCCAGAGUAUUGAAACGGCGUACUUCCGUGGAUCCGAAGAAAACCACUUGUAUGCUCUAUCUUCAAGCAGAUCACACGUUCUUCGAUCACUACAAAUCUGAGGAAGCUUGCAUCGAGGUCAUGACGCGUCACGUACAGCGAGUGAAUUCUAUUUACCGUCAUACAGAUUUCAACCAGGACGGUCAGCCGGACAACAUCAGCUUCAUGAUAAAACGGAUCAAAGUCCACGGCAAGGAAUCAGAGAACGAUCCAGGUUAUCGGUUUACAGGGACUUACGGUGUUGAAGAAUUUCUCGAACUAUUUUCAGAGGAGGAUUACGACGCUUUCUGUCUGUCCUACAUGUUCACGUAUCGAGAUUUCGAGAAAGGAACACUGGGUCUCGCAUGGACAGGUGAUCUGAAAAAUGCUGGUGGAGUUUGCGAGAAAAAUGGGCACUAUCGCGGCAGCAUGAAAUCUCUGAACACGGGCAUAAUAACCCUGUUGAACUAUGGAAAGCACGUGCCACCUGCCGUAUCCCACGUCACCCUAGCUCACGAGAUCGGCCACAACUUCGGAUCUCCCCACGAUCCUGACGAGUGUUCGCCAGGCGGCGAGGACGGUAACUUCAUAAUGUUCGCACGAGCCACCAGCGGCGACAAGAGAAAUAAUAAUCGUUUCAGCCCAUGCAGCCUCGUCUCCAUUAAUCCAGUUUUGAACGUCAAAGCUCGAUCGUCCAAGGGUUGUUUCGCAGAGCCCCAGACAGCAAUUUGCGGAAAUGGCGUAGUCGAAGAGGGAGAGGAGUGCGAUUGUGGUUGGGAGGAAGAUUGCAAUGACCCUUGCUGUCAUCCCCAACGUUUACAUCAUGCACCCUUCGAAAUACCCUGUCGUCUUACGGAGAAUGCUAUAUGCAGUCCCAGCCAGGGUCCUUGCUGUACGUCCGGUUGCACCCUCCGAACAGGAAACAAAUGCAGAGAUGAUAAUGGUUGCCGAGAUCCAAGUUUCUGCAACGGGUUGGCUCCCCAGUGUCCACCAUCCAUCAACAAACCCAACAAAACGAUAUGCAACGAGGAGUUCGUGUGCUACAUGGGUGAAUGCACAGGCAGCAUUUGUCUGGCUUACGGUCUGGAGUCCUGUCAGUGCAUCGCGGGACCCAACGAUCCUCCGACCAAGAGCUGCGAGCUCUGCUGCAAAUUGCCUGGGGAGGAUCAGCCUUGCCUAUCUUCGUUCUCGUGGAAUUCAGCCCCUUAUGAAAUACCAGACAUGAUGUCCAAGCCGGGAACACCGUGCAACGAUUACAACGGUUAUUGCGAUGUUUUUCAACGCUGCCGCGAGGUCGACCCUAGCGGACCCUUGGCUACCUUGAGGAGACUGUUGCUAUCGGAUGUCAGUCUCGCCCAAUUCCAACGAUGGAUGGCUGAUCGUUGGUACGCUGUGGCACUGGGAAUUCUCGUCGCUCUCCUCGGCCUGACAAUAAUGACUCGUUACUUUGGUAAACGAGGAGAUGCUCGACUGAAGAGUAUCUCGAUGAGCGAGCAUCAAUCGAGAUAUCCACGAGUGAUGGGGACGGGAGUGAUGGAUCGCGAAAGAUCAAAGAAGAUCGGUAGCAUUGCGAGAUUCAAGAGACGGAUAGUCGAGACGAUGAAGACGUUGGCGUCGCCUCGCAAGGCCAAGGAUUCGUCAUUCUUAUCUCAAGACUCGAGGAUCGGGAAGAUUCUGUGCUUCGGAACGAAGGAGAGAAAUAGAAGUCGACCGAGCGAAGGGGAAGAUGUGAUUGGGACGUCAUCCCAAAAAAAAGAUGCGGCUGAUGAGGCGAAAACGGAGGCUGAGUUUUCACCGGAGAAAAUCGAGUCGUGCGAUAGGAUAGAGCGUAAAACUUUUCAUGACGUCACGAAUCGGAAGGUCGCUCGAAACAAAACAACCAUCGAAGAUCCAAACGGGUACGACAAUAACAAUAAACGAGAAGAAGCGAAAGAGCCGACUGAGACGGACGUCUUCAAAAACCCCACCGAUCAAUUAUUCGCCGAUAAUAAUUGGCCCUUUUCCGAAUUCAUUCAGAGAAUAUACCGCAAAAAAUCUUUUAGAGUUAGAAAAAAAAACGAUCCUUCACACAUCAGCAAACGUAUUUCGGACAUCGGUGGUAAAAUGAGAAAAAUCGAAAGACUCUACGACUCGCCGAUAUUUCGAAAUGACAAAUCUUUGUCAGUUUCGGUUGACGAGGAAUUCAGGGCUAACCAGACGCAGCCCCUUGUGUCUCCUGGUACACCCGAAACGCCUUCGGACCUUGUCGAAACGAGAUCGGUCACCUCCGAUCUCGAUGACCUUCUGUGUGACAGUUAGUGACAUUUUUAUAUCAACGUGUACAAACGAUCUCAGCGCCAUUGGAGUGUUUCUAUUGACAAGCCUGCUCUAAAAGAAAUGUUCACUUUUAUUUAUGUUACCGAGUCCCUGAAUUCCUUUCAAUGACACUGUUCUCUGAGACAUUUUUUUUUCCUCGAAGAUCCUUAAAUUUUUUACUACUGUGCAAUAUUCUUUUUUUUAACCUCUACGAUUACAAAAUGUACGCCGAGUGAUCGUUUUAUGUAAAUAAUGUAAAGUGAAUUCGUGAAUACAUCGUCGUGUCCUUCAUAA